CCGUCGACACCGAGGGAUUGGACCACUCCAUUGUCAUCACGGUCACGGACCCCCACAGCCUGGACAGCGCCUGUCCCGUGGAAGGCUCAACUUGUCUGGCGGACGGCGCUCUUACUGUUGAACUCGAUGGUGAAGUCGCUCUUUUGUCUCCUGGAGAGGUCGAGCUCGGCCCCAACGUGGCAAUCUCUGCGGUCAACCUUCCGGGCGCUUGCAGGUCUUUCGGGUUCGAGGAGUACUGGGAGCGCAAGAAAGCAGAGUACACGGCCAGCGGCCGGAGGCUCAACAACUUCUCGCAAAUGCAGGAGAUGUCGGACUGGAUCCUUGGUGACCCUACCGCGACCAACAUGGCCGAGUGCACGGAAUACGUGUUGGGUGCGACGGUCGACGGCGAGGCUGGAUUGCUCGGGCAUGAUUCGGAACACACGUCAUUCCAAAUCUUGACUCCCAAGGGAAGCAUCCGCCUCACCCACGGCCGCCUCCACCAGCUUGCCAUGCGUGACCCGACGGACAGGUUCGAUAUUCCGGAUCACCUCACCUGGCAGAUGAACCUCGCCUUUGACAACAUUGACCUGGCUCUGGACGCUACGGGUAUCCUCGGCGAGACGCAGCAGCACACUCUCGACGCCAACGGCAACCCUAUCAUGGAGGGGAUGGCUGCUAUCCGUGGGUCGCAGGAAGACUACCUUGUCGAGGGCCCCCUGGACACCGUGUUCGCCGCAGCCGGCAACCACCCCUAGGUUACCGUCAACCUUACUCAACGGGACUGGGUCAAACGAACGUCCACAACUAUGUGACAAUUUGUCGACGUUGUUGUUUCUUCUCGGUUCCCUUAAUUUGUAAUCUCGGAGUGUUGUAAUUGUUGGUUCCUCGGCGUGGUUGUAAGCCGGUCGUGUGGAAUUCGUUGGUGCACGUUUUUUACUUAUCAUUCGAUGCCAUGCUUCGUGAAAAGAGAGCGGUUGGUCGCCAUUCAAUGUGGCCUUUCUCAGCUUUCACACGCUGGCAUUGUGCUUGGUGCUGGUGCUGUUCCGCUGGCGGGUCGUUCUAAGAUGAUAGUCAUAAUCAUUAGAGCUGUAGACUCCCAAGCGGGAAAUAGUAGCUGUAAUGGUGUGGAGGUCAUUUCGAGGCGAACGGAGAUGGCGGUCAAGAGGUAUCCUGCAGAACCGGUCGACGCCACCGCCCAAUAUGCGCUUG